AUGUGUAAAUAUGGAUUAGAUGGAGUAUGGAUUAGAUGGAAUAUGGAGUAUGGAUUAUAUGGAUUAGAUUAUAUGGAGUAUGGAUUAGAGGAUCGUAUUUUGGAAGCUUUACUCACAUCGUACUGA